UCAAUGGCUGAACCUUCAAAAGUUAUUCACGUUCGCAAUGUGGGCCAUGAGAUUUCUGAAAAUGAUUUACUUCAGCUGUUCCAGCCAUUUGGAGUCAUAACUAAGCUUGUGAUGCUUCGUGCAAAGAAUCAGGCUCUCCUCCAAAUGCAAGAUGUUCCUUCAGCCAUAGCUGCUCUCCAGUAUUACGCAAACGUCCAACCAUCCAUAAGGGGAAGGAAUGUUUAUGUUCAGUUCUCGUCACAUCAGGAGUUAACGACGAUGGAUCAAAAUACUCAAGGACGAGGGGAUGAGCCGAACCGAAUUCUCUUAGUUACAAUUCAUCACAUGCUUUAUCCUAUUACUGUGGAAGUGCUGCAUCAAGUUUUUUCUCCUCAUGGAUUUGUGGAGAAGAUCGUCACGUUCCAGAAGUCAGCUGGUUUUCAAGCUCUAAUCCAGUAUCAGUUACGCCAAAGUGCUGUUUUAGCUAGAACUUCUCUUCAGGUGCUAUUCUGUCUCUUGCUUCUUAAGCAACUCUGA